AUGACGGCUAAGGCAACAAUGGAUGUUCCCCAAAAAGGUGGGUUUAGUUUUGAUCUAUGUAGAAGGAAUGAGAUGCUGGUCAAUAAAGGACUCCGUGCUCCUUCUUUUCUCAAGACUGGUACUACCAUCGUCGGCUUAAUUUUUCAGGAUGGUGUUAUCCUUGGAGCGGACACACGGGCAACUGAAGGGCCAAUUGUUGCAGAUAAAAACUGUGAGAAAAUUCAUUACAUGGCUCCUAAUAUAUAUUGCUGCGGAGCUGGGACAGCUGCUGAUACAGAGGCGGUUACUGGUAAUGAGCUUUAUAUACGUAUUCUAGCAGUUUUUGGAAAUUACAUGGUCAGUUCCCAGCUGAAGCUUCAUAGGUUUCACACUGGUCGUGAAUCCAGGGUUGUGACAGCUCUUACUCUUUUGAAGUCUCACCUUUUCAGCUACCAAGGCCAUGUCUCAGCUGCUUUGGUCCUUGGUGGUGUGGAUGUCACAGGUCCCCAUCUGCAUACUAUUUAUCCACAUGGAUCAACUGAUACUCUGCCAUAUGCCACAAUGGGCUCUGGUUCCCUCGCAGCAAUGGCUAUCUUUGAGUCAAAAUACCGGGAAGGGAUGAACAGGGAUGAAGGGAUAAAGCUAGUAGCAGAGGCCAUAUUGUCCGGAGUAUUCAAUGACCUCGGUAGUGGCAGCAAUGUUGAUAUCUGUGUGAUAACAAAG